CCACAGAAGUCCUCAGGUCGAGGGGAGCUGCUUCUCUCCCUGUGCUACCAGUCCACCACCAACACUCUGACCGUGGUCGUCCUCAAGGCUCGCCACCUGCCCAAGACUGAAAACAAUGGACCUACAGAUCCGUACGUCAAGGUGAACAUGUACCAGGGCAAGAAGCGCGUGUGUAAGAAGAAGACCCACGUGAAGAAGUGCUCCCCCAACCCGGUCUUCAACGAGCUCUUUGUCUUUGAUCUGCCCUCCGAAGAGGGUCUGAGGGACACCAGCGUGGAGCUGCUGCUGAUGGACUCAGACAUGGGCACCUCCCGCUGCCCCAACACCGUCCUGGGGCGGGUGGUGCUGGGCACAUCGGUGGCGGGCACGUCUGGCGAGCACUGGAGGGAGAUCUGCGACCACCCGCGCCGCCAGAUCGCCAAAUGGCACGGUUUGUCGGAGGAUUAGAAGGUAUCUGAUCUGGUCCCACCACGACAGGGAUGGAUUGAGGAUAAAACACAUUGGACUUUCAGUGAGGGCAGAUGGGAAACAGGGGGAGGGGCUUUGAUGUUGUUGGGGAGGUAGGGGGUCAUUUGAAGUGAUGUCAUCAUUCAAUCAAUCAUUCACUUAUCUUUGAAGUUAUCGGGGUUCGGCGGGGAGGGCGGGGCAUCACAAAGGGAACCCCGUAGCUCUAAACGAACCCAAAGACUGUCACGGAAAAUCACCUGGUAACAUGCAACAUUAGCUCCAUGGCAACAAUCAAUUGUCAAGGUAACAGUGUGCAGUGCAGAAUGUCUUAAAUGUUGCAAUUACUCUUCUUCUUUAUCUCUUCUUCUUCUUCUUCUUCUUCUUCUUCUUUUCUUCUUGUUCUUCUUCUUUCUUUCUUUGGCUAUUCCUCUUAUAAAUAGUAACCUAGUUCAUUGUAUGAAAACCAGAAUGAACCACAUCUGACAACGCUGUAAAAAUGUGGAUUAUUAAAAGUUUAUUUUAUAACGACAAUGUUUUCUUCAUAAAGAUGUAGAUUGUUUUUAUUUAUGUUCUUGUUUUGUACUCUUAUGGUUGAUUUGUUGGACAUGUUUUGUAAGUACAAGUGGUAUUUCAUAUUUUACUUAUUGAGGACAAGACAGCCUAAAUUAGGUGGUUCGAGAAAAGACUAGAACAGACUGAGUGCACUGGGGACAGUUGGCUGUGUGUGUGUGUGUGUGUGUGUGUGUGUGUGUGUGUGUGCGUGUGCGUGUGCGUGUGCGUGCGAGUGUGUG